AUGGACCUGCCCGAGGAAUCGACCGAGAAACGUGGAAGUAAGACGCUGUUGGUCCGCCAUUUACCUGCGGAACUGAGCGAGGAUGAAAGGGAAGACCUUCUCAAGUAUUUUGGUGCCCAAUCUGUCAGAGUUUUCUCAAACUUUGGUCGUAUGAAACACACAGCAUUUGCAACGUUUUGCAGUGAAAAAGCUGCGGAAAAGGCUCUUAGCCGGCUCCAUCAGCUGGAGAUUCUCAAUCGAAGACUUGUUGUGGAGUUUGCAAAAGGACAAGAUAACAUCACUGCAUUAAAGGAUCCACCUGUGUCAGAUGGUAAUAAAAUUGACAAAGAAGCAAGGAUCAAACUAGAAAGUAAGCAGCCUAAUGUUGCUUUCUCAGAGUCAAGCAUCGCACCAAGUCUUGGGUUGAAAUAUCACUCAAAUCCCACUUUGAAGUAUUUGUACCCACCUCCUUCCAAUAGCGUUCUGACAAAUAUAACGCAUACCCUCUUGUGCGUACCAAAGUUUUAUGUUCAAGUUCUGCAUCUGAUGAACAAGAUGAAUUUACCGUGUCCAUUUGGACCGGUUACUCCUAGACCACCCUUGUUUGACCCCCUUCCAACUGCGCCAGCCAUCCCUAUGCCUCCCCCUUUGCCUCCUGAUCUCCCACCUAUACCAGCAGAAGAAAUUGUGAUGUCAUCCGAUGAGGAAUCAGAGUAUGAGAGUGGGGAUGAUGAAGACAAGGAGAGGAUUGUUCGUCUGAUGGGUCUGGUCAACCAAGCAUGCAAAAGACCCCUGAGACCUAAAACAUCUUCCAAAAGAAAGAAGCCCAAGAUCAAGGAUCUCCUCUAUGCGCCCAAAACAGACUCUCAGAGCGCUCCAGUCAUGCAGCCAUCAGACGUGUUUGAGCAACCCAACCACACUGGACUGAAGAAAAUAGAAUUCCACAUUUCGGUUCCAGAAGUGGCAGCCAGGGUGGAAGGGAAUAGGACAGAGUCUGAUGAAGGUAUGAUUUAUCCUUCAAAAAUGUAUGCUCGAGAAGUUACCCUCAACAACAACACAGAAGGAUUUGGAAAGAUCUACCCUAAUAUCCAGUCAUCUCAGCAAUGUGAGAAGCACAGUGAUGAAGAGGAGGAUCUCCCCUCUGAUGUCAUCUCCAGAAAAGAGCUUGAGAAAGGACGUCUGUCAAGAGACGAGAUAAAAAGGAUGUCUGUGUUUAAGAAUUACGAGCCAGGUGAGCCGACCUGCAGGCUAUAUGUGAAGAAUAUCGCAAAACAAGUGGAAGAGAAAGACCUAAAGUACAUCUAUGGAAGAUACAUUGAUGCUUCAUCAGAAGUUGAAAGAAACAUGUUUGACGUGGUGUUAAUGAAGGAGGGUCGGAUGAAAGGGCAGGCUUUCGUUGGACUUUCCAGUGAGCAGAGUGCUGAAAAAGCCUUGCGGGAAACCAACGGCUAUGUUCUCUUUGACAAACCCCUCGUGGUUCAAUUUGCUCGGUCAGCCAGGCCAAAACAAGACAAUAGCGAUGCCAAGAAAAAAGCAAAGCAACGAUAA